CUGCCCCAGCAACUCAACCACUCGCCCAUAACCGCAUAUUAUCAACUACAAUGAAGCAAAUCAUCAACCUCCCCGGCCCCAGCUGCAAGCUGAUCGACUCCCCGAUCCCCGAGAUCAACGACGACCAGGUGCUCAUCCGGGUGGUCGUGUCCGGGUCCAACCCGAAGGACUGGAAGGUGCCCGAGCUGGCGGGCAGUGACGACGAGACGUUCGGGGAGCGAUACGCGCACAUCAAGGACGGCGUGAACCAGGGCGACGACAUCGCGGGCGUGAUCGAGAAGGUGGGCCGGAAUGUGUUUGAGUUUAAGCCCGGAGACCGCGUCGGCGCCUUCCACGAGAUGCUGGCCCCCGGCGGCUCGUAUGCCGAAUACGCCGUCGCCUGGAGCCACACCACCUUCCACAUCCCGGCCAAGGUGUCUUUCGAGGAAGCAGCAACCAUCCCCCUCGCCGCGCUCACCGCCAUCGUCUCGCUCUACCACCACCACCGCCUCCCGCUCCCCUGGACGCCCCCAGCCCCAGCUCCAGCCACCAAGCGCACCCCCCUCCUCAUCUACGGCGGCAGCACCGCCGUCGGCGCCUUCGCCAUCAAACUCGCCCGCCUGAGCAACAUCCACCCCAUCAUCGCCAUCGCCGGCCGCGGCGCCAGCUACAUCUCCCGCUUCCUGGACCCGGCGCACGGCGACGCGAUCGUCGACUACCGGGACGGCGCAGCCAAGACCAUCGAAGGCGUGAAGGCCGCCCUCGCUGCCGCAUCCCCCUCCCCCUCUUCCUCUGCGGGUGAACUGAAGCUAGAACACAUCCUCGACACGAUCGUCAGCGAAACCAGCUCCGAGGUGAUCCGCAAUGUGGUCGCGCCCGGCGGCCAGGUCAACUACGUCCUGCCCUGUCCGUACGACGUAUCGCCCGGCGUGAAGACCAAUACGUGGGUGAGCAGUGCGCACGAGGUGGGCGGGGCGGCGGACGCAAGGGAUCUUUGUUUCGUAUUUUGUCGGUGGUUUGGAAGGGCGCUGGCGGAGGGGACGUUCGAGGGCCACCCCUGGGAGGUCCGGGAGAAGGGGUUGUUGGGGGUAGAGGGCGCGAUGCGGGAUUUGCGGGAUGGGAAGGCCAGUGCGGUCAAGUAUGUGUUUCGGGUGGGGGAGACGCCCGGUUUGAAGGAUUAGGGGCUUUGUUUGUGAAGGGGGUGAGGGCUCUGUACAGUACUUGAUUGAGUUGGAUUUGGUGGUAGAUUUCGUUUAUCAUUGCAGUCGUGUUGGUAGAUAUAGAAGGUUUUGUUUUAGGCGCCGGCUUAUUGGGAUGCAGAGGCAAUAGAAUUGUGGAUGUGAGAGUAUGCUGUCGGUUGCCGAGGGUCGUUGUGUCGUCCUGAAUGGACGAGAACUUGGGAACUGUGAUUCUG